AUGCCUCUGGAUGUUCAAUGAUAGCACUCCUCCAUACUGGAGCAGCAAAGUUUCCCCAAAACUUACUUUCAAGGGCAAGACAAGCUGUGUCCCCGCGCCUCCCAGCUGGUGUUCUCAAAGAGUACAGCUCCAUCGUAAGCAGGAAACUGGCGUCCCACGGCUUCGGAGCUUCCAUGGCAGCAAUGUCAUCCUUCCCUCCACAGAGAUAUCACUACUUCUUAGUGCUGGAUUUUGAGGCUACAUGUGAUAAACCACAGAUUCAUCCUCAGGAAAUCAUCGAAUUCCCUAUCCUGAAGCUGAAUGGCAGGACAAUGGAGAUCGAAUCCACCUUUCACAUGUAUGUUCAGCCUGUGGUGCAUCCCCAGCUUACGCCCUUCUGUACAGAGCUGACUGGGAUUAUUCAAGGCAUGGUGGAUGGGCAGCCAAGCCUCCAGCAAGUGCUUGAGAGGGUUGACGAGUGGAUGGCAAAGGAAGGCCUCUUAGAUCCCAGCGUCAAGUCGAUUUUUGUGACCUGUGGAGACUGGGAUUUGAAAGUGAUGUUACCAGGACAAUGCCAGUACUUAGGGCUGCCGGUUGCUGAUUACUUCAAACAGUGGAUUAAUCUGAAAAAGGCUUACAGCUUUGCCAUGGGGAGUUGGCCAAAGAACGGGCUCCUAGACAUGAACAAAGGACUGAACCUACAGCACAUAGGGAGGCCUCACAGCGGAAUAGGUGAGUGA